AAACGCCAUAGGCGUCAGUCGGUGCCCUCUCGAUAAGUGGGGGACUGGGGAAAGCGCUACUCCCGACGCUUGUCUCGAUUUCCACUUGGCAUCGCUACAGCGAUCGCUUUCCUGGUCCAUCACGUGCUUUUUUUCCGGUUUAGGGAUGUCGAUCUGAAUCGUAUAUUUCCCUUCCGUUUCUCAAGUCGAGGAAGGUUCGAGGGAUCAGCCGAACCUGAUUCCAGGUCGCCUCUCGGGUUUCCCCCAGCCUGAUCCCUCUUGCUCACUAUCCCAGAGCGAUAUCUUCCACUCUUGGCGGCUGUCCAAACCUCCAAAGCAUUUUCGGUCUCAGCGACUGUUGGGGGUUGUUAUGCUAGCGUUAAAGCUCACCGUCUCGCACGAUGCGAUGCGAGCGAUGGGAAUGUGCUAGUCGAGCAGUACCGAAUGGCCACAAGUGUGUCCUAAUCACGUGCAACAACCCCGGGGAUGGGUGACAAGCGAACCGACGGGAUCGUAGCGUCACCGCCUUUUUUUCCACUCGGGAUUGGGUUCAUGGUGCAUGCAUCCACACAGCCAACGGCUCGACGAUACGCCGAGCGAUGGUAUUAACUACACCCCGCAUUUGCCUGACAACGCAUUGCGAGGGAAACCAGCGGCCUGAUCGUCUCCUCCCCCCGUUUCUAACGACCGACACAGAUAGCCUCAGCCGUAAUUUCUGUCUCUGUUCUGUCUAGUCCAUGUCCGACCAGAGCAACUGAGGUCUGCUCUUACCAAUUUUACGUCUCGGCCAGUUGUACACUUUCCCGCAUCACCGGUUCCACUUUUAGACCAAGUGCUAGACUCAUCCCGCACCAGCCACGGCUCUCCGCAUGAGUUUCGGCAGUGCAUCGGCGUCAAGCCCUCCUUAUCCCUGGAACCCUCCCGAAGAGGACUUGGAGACUAUCGUCUCACUUGACGAACAAACGAGCUGCUGCUGCGGAAGUAUCCAGGAGACAAUCAGUAUGGCCUCUUGGGAGCAGAGCAAUGGUAUGAAGCCAUACGUCGGAAGUCUAAGCAUGGGAUCUACCACCGCUGGAAUCUGCACGAGAAUGAGCUCGCCUCACUCAUUCCAGUGCAGUCACUGUGACGCGGAUCCACGUCAUCAUGGAAGUGACACGGUACCGCUUCAAGACACGACGUCUCAGCUGAUUACCAUGGUGCAACAUACCAAUGCAAUGUUACAUCCUGACGCAGUGUUACCUAGCCACAAUGCCACCAUGUCAAGACAUGGGCUUGAUUCCGAGCCACGGAUGCAAGGCGGCUCUCUGGCAGCAUAUGGGAACCCGCCUGACGUGGACCUCAACAUUGAAAUGUCAGAGCCGGUCCUUGUCUUGGACCUGAAUGUCCCCUGGUACCAGGAAGAUCACAUUUCAAAUCAUCGUGAUAUGACGCCUGAUCAGCUGAGGGCUACGCUUUCUGGGGAAGCUCCAGAGGCAGGACAACGUCCAGAAGGCCAUGCAGAAUGUCGUCUGAAGCUGAAGGCAUCUGAAGUGCUGUCAGCAUCAGCAGCAGGACUACGCACGCUUGCAACAGGAAAAGAUUGCACGUACCCUGAUGCAGCAGCAGAGGCAAUUCCAACUGGAUGGGAACCGUUGAUUCCCUCCCCUUCCAGGCAAGAUCAACCUCGAGCUAUGGAAAAGGAGCAAGCGUCAAACACAGCGGCAUUGUCAAAGAGAAGCAGGCCUGCAAGCAGUGACCAGCCUGCGCUCAAGCUGAUGCCUCCGCUGCGAGGCGGGAGGUCCAUGGCCCCUCGGAGUGCCUGGGCGAAGCAGCUGCUUCAGGACCACUCUGGAGCUGACUGCGUGGUGAAGGGAGGCAGAAAGAGGAGGGUGAAGAGCCAAGGAACUGUGGCUGAGGAUGUGGGAAUGGCCCAAUCUUCCAGGCGGAUUGGGAAGAAUGCGCCGAGGAGGAGAUGGAGGUCUGAAACGGAUGUGGGGGCUUCGUCAGUAAGCGAGGGGGAGUCUAAGGGAAAUGAGAAGGCAACAACGGCAAUUCAGGCGAAAAGAGAAGACAUGCAUAAUAUGGAUACGUAUGAUGGUGUUGGGGAGCAUCGCUCGGUAGCAUCAAGAUCUCUUGAGGGAUCCCCUUGCAAGUUAGGCAACCGUUUCUAUGCCAUAACUCUAGAGGACCUGCAAAUGGCAGCCAAAGGCUUGUCAGAUGCACACACAAGUGGUGGCUGUAAACAAGGGGAAAGGGAUGUGCCUGCAGGGCGUAAGAUCCAAAAGGGUGUUAUGGUAUUUGGUGCCACUAUUGGCUAGCUAGCGGAGUUUCCUUAUGUACAAAUGCUUAAGCCAGCUUUGCAACACAUGUU